GUUCUAUCCAAAACACAAACAAAAUUAUAAUCUACUACCGUGUAUUGAUGAAAACCAACUCACAUGGCUAUUCUCUAUAGUUCAUAAACUACCAUUAAUCGAUUAAUACAGCUUACAAAAACCAAUCAGCAUUUCAUUGGAACAUAAACUCUCAAUUGAUCGUUGCGGCACUGGCAUCUGGUCCAGUCGAACUUCCUCAACAAUCACCACCUGCGACACUCAACCAUGGCCAAGGUUAAAAUGUUCAUCACACGAAAUCUGGUUACCAUCGUUAUGAUUCCAUCCCUGAUCGGCUUGCACUGGGCGUGGGAUUCGCUGCAGCGCAACAAGGCCCUAGUCUCGGACCAAGAGCGGAAAGAUUUGCCACUCGUUAUAGCAGUUAAGACUUUGUGGCAAAGCGUGGCUGAUAAAACCGAACCGGCACCAGACAAAUCGCAGUAGGGUGCAGAUCGUCACCGGCGAUGAGCGAGUGUUUGGGACCGUUACAUGUUGUUAUAGAACUACAGCCAUCUGUUCAUAGUACGGUGUGGGCUUUAUAAAAUACAUAGCUAGA